GCGGAAGUGCCUGACAAACGGAGGGACGGGCUGAGCUGGCGCUGUCUUGCCUCGCGCGGGGCUCGAGCGUCGCUGUCAUCGCUUCAGCGCGGGAGGAAAGUUGGGCUUGUGCUCCCCUUCGCAGGCGGCGUCUCGGAUGCGGCGGAAGCAGAAGCGGCUGCUGCAGGCGGUGGGGCUGGCGCUGGCCGCCCUCGUCUUCCUCCCCAACGUGGGGCUCUGGGCGCUGUAUCGGGAGGUUGCGGGAAAGGGUUUCCAUGCAAGGCAAAGUGAUGAAGCGUACCUUGGUAACAGACAAAGAAAAAAAGACUGGCAUGACAGAGAGGCUAUAAAGAAUGAUUUGCUGCAAACAGGAAAUGGAGAACAAGGAAAACCAUAUCCUAUGACUGAUGCUGAGCAAGUGGACCAGGCAUACAGGGAAAAUGGUUUUAAUAUUUUUGUGAGUGAUAAAAUUUCUUUAAACCGUUCUCUACCAGAUAUACGGCACCCAAACUGCAAUAGCAAGCUAUAUCUGGAACAACUCCCCAACACCAGUAUAAUAAUCCCAUUCCACAAUGAAGGAUGGUCCUCACUUCUCCGAACAGUGCACAGUGUUCUCAAUCGUUCUCCUCCUGAACUGAUAGCUGAGAUUGUGCUGGUGGAUGAUUUCAGCGAUAGAGAACAUCUCAAAAAGAGCUUGGAGGAUUAUAUGGCCCAGUUUCCAAAAGUUAGGAUUCUCCGAACUAAGAAGAGAGAAGGACUAAUAAGAACUCGAAUGCUCGGGGCUUCUGCAGCAAUAGGAGACGUUAUUACCUUCUUAGACUCCCACUGUGAGGCAAAUGUGAACUGGUUGCCACCCCUUCUAGACCGCAUUGCUCGAAAUCGCAAAACUAUUGUUUGUCCAAUGAUUGAUGUAAUUGAUCAUGACCAUUUUGGCUAUGAAACACAAGCUGGAGAUGCAAUGCGAGGAGCAUUUGACUGGGAGAUGUAUUAUAAGCGGAUCCCAAUUCCUCCUGAAUUACUGAAACUUGAUCCCAGUGACCCUUUUGAGUCUCCAGUUAUGGCUGGAGGGCUGUUUGCAGUUGAUAGAAAAUGGUUCUGGGAGCUUGGAGGAUAUGAUGCAGGUCUGGAAAUAUGGGGAGGAGAGCAGUAUGAAAUAUCAUUUAAGGUAUGGAUGUGUGGGGGUCGCAUGGAAGAUAUCCCUUGUUCUCGAGUUGGCCACAUUUACAGGAAAUAUGUCCCUUAUAAGGUUCCAACAGGAGUCAGCUUGGCUCGGAACUUGAAACGGGUAGCUGAAGUAUGGAUGGACGAAUAUGCAGAAUACAUUUAUCAAAGGAGACCCGAAUAUCGACAUCUGUCUGCAGGGGAUGUGACUGCUCAGAAGGAACUUCGUAUUAAACUCAACUGCAAAAGUUUCAAGUGGUUCAUGAAUGAAGUUGCUUGGGACUUGGGAAAGUUCUACCCACCAGUGGAACCUCCAGCAGCUGCCUGGGGAGAGAUCCGUAAUGUAGGGACCGGUCUUUGUGCAGAUACCAAGCAUGGCGCCCUGGGUUCACCACUAAGAGCUGAAACCUGUGUGAAAGGUAGAGGAGAAGCUGCGUGGAGCAAUGUGCAGGUGUUCACAUUCAGCUGGCGAGAAGACAUCCGUCCAGGAGACCCUCAGCACACAAAGAAAUAUUGUUUUGAUGCUAUUUCCCAUAAUAGCCCAGUGACUCUCUACGACUGUCAUGGAAUGAAAGGAAAUCAGCUAUGGAAAUACCGGAAAGACAAGACACUUUAUCACCCAGUAAGUGGCAGCUGCAUGGACUGUAAUGAAAAUGAUCGAAAAAUCUUCAUGAACAUGUGCAAUCCCUCAUCUCCAACACAACAAUGGAUAUUUGAACAUACAAAUUCAACAGUCUUGGAAACCUUUAAUAGGAAUCUUGAUCUUUAAAGACAUUAUUUAUAUGUAUAUAUUACAGUCAUAAUUUUUACAGGGGAUAUGACAAUUUUUUAAAAAAUAAUUUUUCUAAAAAAAUGAAAAAGGGAGAAUCUCAGGAGAGAGAGUGACUAUCAGGCCAGUCUUUACUUUGAUGAUGCUGCAUCUGUAUUUUGGGAUAAUUCCCAGUAGCAAGAAAUCUGCAGUUAUAAUCAUGCCACACAUAGAUUUGGAAACAGUGUCAACCUGUGAAGUGUCAUGAGAGGGAUAGAGGUAACUUCAUGCAUUCAAAAUGAAUCCUUGAGGAAGUGUCUUUUAUCCAAGUUUUAAUUAUCCAGUUUCUUAAAUUUUCUUUUCCUUUUCAGUUCUUAGUUAAGAAGCUGCAAGUAUGAAACAUGGUUGAAAAUUUCUAAAUAACUGAAAUAACAUUAUGAAAUGUGUGGAUUACAACAAAAUGUCAAUUAAGACAAGAAUCCAUUUAUUGGUGUUACUUUUGCAUGAUACCACAACUUAUAGUAGUAACAGCAGUAAAUACAUGACCAACUGCCAUUUUGGCUAGAUGUUUGGUUUUUCAUGAUAGACCUGAUUAAUUAACACUUACAUAAUGGUCAGUGUAUGUUCACAUAAUGUUCACAAAUAUGAAUGCCAGGUAUCUGUCAUAACAGGCAUUAGGCAAGCCAUAUGUGACAAGUUUAAGAUUAAAGUCAGAUUUUAAGUAGGGAUUUCCUAAUGUAUACUCAUAGUCAGUAUAUAAUACUGGCACUUACAUCUAAUAUGGCAAUACUGUCAAUAAUCCACUGGAAACUGACAUAGAAGCCAAAUGUGAAAAGGAUAGUGAAAAUUCAAGGCUUCUUCUCUGCAGCAAUAUAAUACUUGUCAUUUUUUUUCCCAAAUAAACUGACUAGUAUUUCUUGAUUUCUCAUAUUAAUGAUUCUUUAGAAUCCUUGAAAGUAUUGUUAUAGUAGGCAAUUGACUAGUUGGGAAAUGAACAUUCAUUUUACCAUGUUUGUAUAUAAUUAGUCCACAUUCAUGUUUAUUUAUAAUCAUAAGAACAUGUUCUAUAAACUUUCCAGACUGCAUGUAUGUCAAUACUCCCUCUGAAAAUUUAUCAACUAAUUACAUUAAAAAUAAAAAUUUAGCUUCCCAAGUUUACUAGGACAUGCUACAAAGAUUAUUAAUAGUCACACUACUUGACCUCAAGUUCCAAGCAUAUUUUUAAUGCUGAUCAGAUCUGUUGGUGCUAAGUCUCUAGAGAACAAUAGUUGGUACUGUGACCUUGCAUAUAAAUUAUCAAUAUUUUCUAAUCUGAUUGAAUUCAUAGAUUUGUAUUUAUUCAUUUAUUAGACUUAAAUCCUACUCAAAAAAACAUUCCAGGCAGUUAACAAUUUACAUAAACGUUACAUUUAAAAUGUAAAACAUAAUUAUAAUUGCAUUUUGAGAACAAUAGCACAUAUACCUAAUUUAGCAGUCAAAAUAUACUAAAGGUCAGCCUAAAUAACAGUAUUUUUACCUGCUGGUGGAAGGAUGACUAUUUAGGACAGGAAACUCCAAACUCGGGUAGCAGACAUCAACAAGGCCUUUUCUUGAGAUUCACCAAACAUCUCUCUAUUGGUGAUGAAGCGGAGGAAGAGAUUUGUACAAAAGGUCUUAAAACUGAGGAAGAUUCAGAAGAAUAGUCCUUCAGAUAGCCUCAGUCCAAGUCAUAUAGGGCUUUCUAGAUAAUAACACACAUUACUUUUGAGCCUGGAGACAGCUUGGGAAGUCAUAAAAUUGUUAUAAUUUUGCUGUUUUAAAUGCUAUUCCAUAAGGCAAUCUAAAUGAUUGUAAAUCAUAGCAACUAAGUGGCUCUUCUGAAGAGCCACCUAGUUGCAAUGAUUCAAGUAUAUCCUCAACUCACCAUUUUAACUGUUUACAUUUUAUGAAGUGAAAUAUUGUGGCUAGUAGUGAUGCUAUGUGAAUUUUUGGAAGCCAUCUAAAGACCUUAAUUGCAAGGAACUAUUCGUUUUAGAAAACUCUUGCACACGCUUGCCCCCAUAGAGUGUCAGUAAAAUCAAACUUAACAGCAUCAUUAAAAUAAAGAAGUGCCUUUUAAAAUGCAAAUGUACAGCAAAAGCUUAAACUUGAACAAUUUCCUAGUGCCUUGCUGGACAAGAGUAGAAUGGGUAUGAAAUGUACAAGACUUAUGUACUGUGUGCAAUUAGUGAUAUUUUGAGGGUGUGAUUUUGUUUUAAGUUCACAUUGGAGGAUGGAAAGAUGGUGGAUGAUUUAGAAAACCUGAAUAUCUCUGGGUUCCUACAUUUCACUUCAUUUACAAGUGCAAGUAUUGUGCGAUAAUAAUCUUGACAGAAUUUCCUGACUGGCUAUUAGUCCUAAAUAGUGGCACACAAAUAUGAAAGUGAAUAACCCCUAUAUAUAGUGGUUUCUCCAGUGAAUUUCCAAUGAACAAUAUUAGGCAUACUUCCCAACAUCUAGUCAGGGCUGUAAUAAAAAAAAUCCACCUGUUUACACCUUCGUAAAUGCUUGAAUACCUUUUCAGAGUGGCAUUUGUUUCAAUCAACUGAACAACUUGAAGGUUCAAGACCUGAAAGCCUCUGUACUAAUAGGUAUGAAUAAUUCAACAAAAUCUGUCAAGAGGUUGCUAUUUGUUGCUACUGUCAGGCCAUUUUCUGACCAUAUCACUCUGUAGGUAAAAAUAGCAAUGAAGUAGAGGAUCAGUUUCUUUUUACCAUGCAAACAGUAAAUUCACUGAUUUGAUUAAGUUUCUAUUUUGAUCUUCAUUUUUCUUAUAGAUCUGCAAUACAAAAAUAUUCACAACUGAAAAGAACAAAUGAUUUAUAGAACCAUUCACAGAGUGCUGACAUUGAUAUAAAAAUUGCUGGUUAGACAGAAUUUAAACUAGCAUAAAGAGAGUAAUUACUCCUUUAAUAUUUAACAAAAUCAAAAAUUGUUGGCUGAAGAGCUGCAUACAGUUUCUGUGUCUUGGAUUACUUUUAGUGCAGCCUGAUACUGUGCCUAUUUUACUCAAACCUAAGUCCCAUGAAUUAUUACUGCAUAUAAAAUUAUGCCACUAAUUGUUCAGAAAUCUAGGCAUCCUAUUUCUAAAUGUUCUUAACACACUCUAAGUAUGUAGACUUUUUCCAGAAAUUGUACUAUCUUGGUGAACUAUCACAGUGAAUUAGAUUUUAAGUCAAAUAUUGCUAGUAUCAUUUUUUAAACACUCUGAAUUCAUAAUUGAUUUGUAGAGAACUACGAAUCAGGUGUGAUCUUAACAGAACCAGGCAGGUCUUCCCAAAUCACACAUCAAGAAAGGGAUCUGUUUUAUCUUCCUACAGUGACUUUUUACAGGUACGUUUCUCCCAGCCAGGUUCAGUCUCAGCUGGACCCUGACACAGGAAGUGGAGCUUCCAAGGAGGUGUAUUAUAGGCAGGAUAAAAGAUAAGCUGACUUUGUUUUGUUUUUUGAACAGAAUGCCCCUUUUGCUCUUAAAUUAAACGUACAGUACAUAAAUGCUUUAAGUGAAGAGACACUAUUGUUGUAGUCACAUUAUGUUUGCUUUUGGAUGGUUAAAAACAAGUUUUAACACAAACAUUUUAUUUAUUGUCAACUUAAAUAUUGUUUUUAGAGCAAGAUAACAAUUUUAUUAAAAAUGGCCCAACCUGAGGUCUACUUAUAAUGGGCUUUUUGAACUACAUUCGGUUCUAAGCUCUCCAACAGAUUUGUGAUCAACUAGAGAUACCGUCAUGUUCUAGCAGAUGAAAUGCUUUAAUUUGAACCAGUUUAGAAGCAUACAAGCAUAUCACGUUGUGGUAGGUAGAAUUUAUCACACAUAAAAUUAUAUGCACUAAGUCCAUGACAUUGCAUUAUGCGUAACCAAAGUAAGUAUAACAUUAGCUCUUCCAACAAUACUAUUAAGCAGCUAAAGAUUUAAGGGGAGAGAAGCAGGAAAAAUGCAGCUCAUAUUUAGGAAGUCUUCAGGGAUUCUUAAACUGUUUCCCUAUUUGUAAUGCAUGCUUAAUAGUUUCUUUGAAAUUGGAUGUUGCCACAAACUGUGUAUUUAUUUUGUGCAUCUUGGGACAAUGUCCUAUUGUGUUGGGAGAGAUCAAGGAUGUCUAGCACUUUAAUGUAGUAUUGCUGAUUAACUGGAAAUCAUUUGGAUGUCAAGUGUAGUGUUUUUAAAAAUUGAAUGGACUUUCUUUUAUAAUAUAUUUAAAAUAAAUUUUUAUUGUGUCCUUUUUCUGAAAACCUGUAUAAGUAUUCUGUUUUAUUACAGCCAAAGCAUUUGUAAAUAAUAGACUGAUUACUUGAAAUAAUACAGGUAGUCCUCACUUAACGACCACUCGUUCAGUGACCAUUUGAACUUACAAUGGUGCUGAAUGAGUAAUAGUUAUGACUGCUGCAGCACCCCCAUGGUCACAUAAUCACAAUCCAGGCACUCAGCAAUCAACCCGGAUUGAUGACUGUUGCAGUAUCCCCGUGUCACAUGAUUGCAAUUUCCAUCCUUCCCUGCCGGCUUCCUGCAAGCAAAGUCAAUGGAGAAGCCAGC